AUGUCGGCCCGCCAGGCGGUCUCUGUUGACACAAAGGACCGCUGGUUUGGGAGGGUUUCGGGGGUCCGGUACCACGAGGUCCCGCCCCAGCCGCUGUGGUUUGCUCCGGGAUUGGCUAACGUCAGGAAGCUCCAGGAGCUGCCCUAUCACCUGCUGCAUGCAGGUCUGUGGGAGGAGCUACAGCAGGAGGUCAUCGGCAGUGCCGAGUGGCUGUACUGUAAGAGCAGGGUCUGCGGGGUGUCCAGUGUGAUCCAGGACCUGGACCAGUGCUGCCAGUACAUGGACUGCACGGAGACCAGGCUGGUCCGAGACACACUGGUCCUGAUCAAACCAAGUCUGGACUUCCUGGACGGUCACAUGGAUAUGUCUCUGUUUUACACUGAGCUGUUAGCCAGACUCUGCGCCUUGGCCACGCCUUUCCCCUCUGUGAUUGGCCGGCUGUGUAGCCAGUGCGAGGAGUGGUUACUGACGUGUCCCGAGCCGAUCCUCAUUCCCAAGUGCAGUUUCCUGCAGCAGCCAGGGGGGGCGCUACAACACACACUGACCGGACUGCAGGGAGGGGUUCUCUGUAUGGACGUCGGUGUGGAGGCGGAGCUUCUGGUUGCAGGCUCAGAUGAUGGCGUGGUGGCGGUCUGGAGCCUCGCUGCCCAGCACCUCAUACACUCACUGCUGGGACACACAGGUGCAGUUCUAUCGGUCAAAGUGAUUGACAGCUCCACUCGCUGCCUCUCAUUGGCUGCUGACGGCUCCUUGAGGAGGUGGAGCCUGAUGAACGGCCAACAGCUUCUCUGCAUUCAGGAGGCGGUGCCUGUUGACUCCACCCCUUCCUCAGUACACCUGCACCUGUCUGAACUGCUGCUCUUUGUUUACACCAGUACACAGGUGAAGGUGUGGAGGCUGGACGGCGCUGAGCUCCUCAGCAGCAGUGACGAAGGCUCGGUGGUUCUGGGAGUUCUGGGAGAAUCUGUAGUUUCUCUGUCUGAUGCUGGCGUGGUCAGAAUGUGUCAUCCUGUUAACGGCACUCAAACCGUGGAGACUCAGCUGGAGUACUCGCGGAGACGACUGACUCUCGUGAACUGUGUGACUUCACCCAAACGUGGAAAAGUGUUCAUGGUUUCUACAGACGGACUCCUCCGUCAGAUUUCCAGGACGGGGAAACAGACAGCCGUCGAGUUUCCUCUGCUUCCUUCUUUGCUUUCAGUCACUGAAGAUGAAAAAAUACUGAUAGCAGGUACGAAC